AUGCCGCCUGCCAAUAAUCACUCCCCCGCGAACCGCGGAGGGAGUGCCAAAUCCACCCCGAUGAAAUCCAAGCCCGUUGAUAUUGGACUCCCUCUCGGCCUCUACGAUACCAAUUCUGUACGGUCCAAGGUUCGCAAGUGGCAGCAGCAGGGCGGCGGAGUCAUUACUGCCGACGAUGUCAUCUAUUACGAAGACGAUGACGAAAAUCUUUCAACGCCCGAAACCAAACCAAGAUCCGUCAAGGGGAGAGAAGAGCGAAUCGCGACAAGAAAGCGAAGCAAGAGCACCCCCCGAAAACGGCUGGUUAGUGAUGAGCACUGGAAACUGAAUCGGACCUCGACCCAGGCGCCAUCGUCUAGAUUACCAGCGCCGAAGCGCAUCGCCGAGUACACCACAAACGAGCCGGCACGUACGGCUCGUUCGGAGAAGGGAGGCGACAGGAAAGAUGAAAAACUUCCUCCGCUGCUGUCCCCGCGUAGCAAGCGGCGGGAGGACGACAAGGAAAAGGCACCCCCCGUGUUAGUUAUGAAGGAACGGGCGAAAUCGCACGCCUCGCGAGAUAUUGACUCAAUCAUCGAGAAAAUCGAGAAGGAGCAUGCUUCGUACGACAAGUCCUCCAAGGCCACAUCACGUCCUACGACAGCUGAUAAGAACCGAUACAGCACAUUGUCAGAGCCUUCCCAGAGUCCGAAGAAGAAAGACACAAAUUUGGAUUACGAUUCAGAAUGGGCAGCUAGCGAAGCCGAUUUUUCCGAGUUAUCCAGACGGCGCGCACGCGGCCCUGCGCAUUCGAAGAAUCGCACGCCGGCGAAGCCUCCCAAAGGUGGCAUUCUUGGACAAAUAGUGGACGAAUCAAGGAAGAUGUUCAGUAAGCCAGAUGCCCAGCCACCAAGGCAGCCAGUUCCGAAUCGCGGGUCGAAGAUCGAAGCUUGGCUGUCGAACACCCAGGAUCCAUUUCUGGAUGACAAGGAUGCGGACGUCGAAAUCCCUGCGCCCCUGAAAACCCGAAGGAACAAGAGUAUACACAGUUCAUUUAAGGAGGAAGAAAGAGAGCCAAAACCGCGGAUUUCUAGCCCUGAGCCUUCGGUUGAUAGCGACUUCUCCCGAAGGACAUCAAAACGGCGAAUCAAGAGCGGAGGGACAGCUCCGAGCAGUGAACGCCCAAAGUCAAGAGAUGAUAAAUCGGCCGCGAGGGAGUCGCAACGGGAUACGUCUCCAUCGCCUCAAAGAAGGAAAUCAAGCGAGCACAGAUCCCGACGAUCGUCUUCGCGCAGUAACGGAGAGUCCAAGGGCAGGGCCGAAGAAGAUGUCUCUGACAUUGGAACUUAUCCAUUGUCUGGCGAAUCCGAGGUGUCUGGUAACAACGCUCCAGUACCGCUCGGUCGGACACGACCUUUCCCUACUACUGGCCUCCAUCGAUUGUCGACCAUAGCAUCGGUUGAAUCAAUGAGUACCCGGAACGACGGCAAAUCUGAUAUGGUGGCAUCGGACGUGACGGAAAAGAAGAGGAAGCCUUCGCAAAGCAAAGAUGAUAGCGAAGAAAGGGACCAUGUGGACCUCAACUCACUUUCUGUUGUUUCUUCUCAUAUGAAGAAGCUCACGACCCACGAUGACUUGAUAUCCGUUCUUUCAGCACCAACAAGAAGCAGGAGUCUCCGAUCUGCUAGGAGUCUUCGAAGUAACAAGAAUCGCAACCCAACGGUCGCCGAUAUCCUGAAGGAACUGUCGCUGGACGAAGCCAAGUAUAUGCGUGAACUCAGGACUCUCGUUGGAGGAGUCAUUCCAGUGCUUCUAACUUGUGUUUUAUCACGCUCAGACUCGGCUAUCGCUGCCGGGCUUUUCCGUCCUUCAGCGGACCCUGCAGACGAACUCACUUUUACAAAACCGAUCGUGAAUAUGGGAGUUGCCAUUGAGCGAUUGAAGCUUUUGCACAAGCGCAUUCCGCUCGAAGCAGCAGAUGCUCUUAUCCAGUGGGCGCAUGGAGCACAGAAGGUUUACCGUGAAUACCUCAAGGCUUGGAGGUUGGGGUUCAAGGACGUGGUCGUGAACCUUGCCCCUCUUGAAGAGGGCGACGAGGCAAACAAUGCCGAGACAAAGAGCCUUGAUGAAGGCAUGUCUAGAGAUGAGAAUGGCGAUGUGGUGGAUGCUGAAGGGCAAAAGGUCGAUGUUGCGUACCUGCUGAAGCGUCCGCUCGUUCGCUUAAAGUACCUUGCAAAGACAUUCAAGGGCAUCAACAUGCUUGAGCCAUCUCCCAAGACGGAAGAAGUCUCCGUUAGUUACCAAAACCUUGUGGCGGAGGCUCGCCGUCGCGCGCGGGAGGAAAGGGCGAGGCUCGAGGAUGAAUCCGCUGCCGCUGUCGACGCAACUCGCGCCCGUGAUCCUGAAACCUUAGGAGCAUUGACGGGCGUGCAAGUGGACAAGACCCGCAGAGUUAGAGCUCGUGAUUUUUUCAACCUGUCGCUGUACCAUUCCAGUGGUCAAGUCAUCGAUUGCAGAGCCGAGCUCCUCUUCAGAGACAACGCACCAGAACACGGUCCUGGGGGUGAUUUGCUCAUUUGCGAGAUCGAUCAUGCGGACCGUUGGUUGCUCUUUCCUCCGGUGGACAUUACAUGCGUGUCCGCUCGCCAUGGGGACAAGAAGGGAGAGCUGGUGGUCAUGAUACGCAGUGCGCCGACACAGGAAAAGCGCUUCCAAGAGCUCCUAUCGCUUCAGAUAGAUGAAGAAGACGUUGGCAGGGAGUGGCUGCAGAUGUUAGGCAGGACGCCCGUCCCACCCGCAAUUAGUCGCUCUCAGAGCUUCAUCGACCGGGCUAGGCAACGGCAGCGCGCGCAAACAAUUUCGUCUCCGAAUGAUGUUUCGCUCGCUCAACGGGCCCCACCAAGCCCAAGCAGCAUCGCCAUCCCCAUUGGGGAGAAGCCCACAUCUCGUGCGUCGCGUCGGUCUUGGACUGCUAAGGAGGCGUGGUCGGACCCCAGCACCAUCGAAUCGACUGUUGCUACCGAAUCACAAAUAUCAUCGCAGACUGACAUCACUCGGGAAUCAGAUUACGAUGCCACUGAGACGGAGGUAUCAGCCCCGUCAUCAUCCCAGCCCCAGCCAAUCCUGCACUCCCGGGAUCCACGAAAGCUCGUCAUUGGCGAUGACAAGUCUCCUCAGGGUCUCAAGCGCUCAGGGGCGAAGCGGAUCUCCAAAUACGGAGAACUUACCCCUCAAAGCCCUCUUCUGCCCCCCAGCCCUAUAUCAAGCCAAUACCCAUCCCCGUCAACUCCUUCCCGGGAUGAAACCAAGCGGGCUGAGCAGGCCACAGCCGCUGCUCCUCGAGAGAAGACCCAGCCCAAGACCCCUACAAGGGCUGAGCCUGAAGAAAGCCCACGUAUCUCCUCCACGCCUUCCAGGAAUCUGCCAUCCAUUCCAAAAUUACGCCAAGGCAGCAGUACUUCGUACAUACCAGAACCUGAAUCCGAUGAGGAGUAUGAUAUACUAGAUUACAAUGCUCUGCCCGAGACACCGACAAAGAGGAAGACACAUUCUCGUUCCGGCUCUGAGUCUGAUGGAGCAAAUGGAGACGAGCCUCCACCACCGCCACCUCAUUCUCGUUCACCUAGCUCCACAGGCUCUAGCCUCACGAACACGCCUGUCCUCAGUCCAACCGCAGCGCGCCUUAGGCGGCGAGGCUCUUCACCUUUGAAGCACGAAUACGAGCCCUCUACUGCGUCGGACUCCUAUUCCGACUCGGAUACGUCGACCGUGCGACGUUAUGACAUGUACUCCGAUUCAGAUACCGUAACUGAUAGCUCAGACGAGGACUCUGAGGAUGACCUGCCCCCAAGGACGCGUCGAACGCCUUCACGCGAAAUCACCAAACCCACGGUGCAAGGAUCGGAUCUCUCGCCUGCAACCAGUACACUAUCUUUGUCAAACUCGACAAAUCAGGCCGGCUACCGAUCAGUUCCCUCCCAACCAAACAAGUCCUCUUCCACAAUCGCCACUGUCUUUGCUUGGUCAGACAAGGGAUCUUGGGAGAAUGUCCUGCCAGACGAAUGCAAAAUUGUCAUAAGCCCUGGUCUCGUUGAAGCGUACGAAAUGAAAGACGACCCGCUCGCAAGCACGGCAGACAGCAAAGCUCGGCCUUUAGUGGCUCUGGAAUUGACACCCCUAGUACCCAUUCGCCGUGGAACAGCCAUCGACAUCAGCAUCCGCUCCCCUCCUACUCAACGGUCCAAAGUCAACUGGAGCAACAACAUCAUGUUCCGCUCACGAAACGCGGAUGAGUGUGAGGCCCUAUACGGACUAAUCAACCAGUCCCGUAUCAAUAACCCAACGUACAUCGCACUACAAAAUGCUCGUGGUCCAAUGGCAGACCUUCCCAUGCCGCUUGAGCGCACCGCUAAGAGCUCGGGCUUCUUCGGCUGGCCCCGCCGCAGAAAGAGCUACCGCGCCUCAGGCUCCCCCCGCUCUAUAGCAGACAACUCCGAAAGCAGCGUUGGCACCAUGAGCAGUGCCUUCUCAGCCAUCAAGCGCUUCGGCGCGGGAAGCAAGAUGUUUAGUAUCUCUCGCUCGUCCGUCACAUCCCGCAACCGCAACAAGGAUGGCGAAGGAGGAAGUCUGUUCUCUAGCUCUGCUGCCUCCGGGGCCGGAUCCAACGGAGGCAGCAUCGGCAGAAUCGCAGCCGCUAUUAAGGGGGUCGACGGUAUAGGUCUCUCAAACGCCAAGAUCCGGCUUUAUAUCCGCGAAACCCAGUCCAAGUGGCGCGAUAUGGGCGCCGCACGACUGACAAUUAUGCCAGCGCCGCCCUCUGAGCCCCGUCGUCCCGAUACCGCAUUUUCACCAGAAGGACACACCGAGAGCAGCCCAGAUACAACCCCUCCUGGCUCAGGAGCAGCCUCACCAGGACGAGUGGUCGAAGCUCAGAAUCAAAAACGCAUUGUCAUCCGCGGUAAGACACGUGGUGAGGUCCUGCUUGACGUCUGUCUGGACGAAAGCUGCUUCGAGCGCGUCGCGAGGACAGGUAUUGCAGUCUCUGUGCGUGAGGAGGCUGAGGAAGGACCCGCUGUUGCGAGCCAAGGCGGAGUCACCACAGGAGAUUCGACAGUCUACAUGAUCCAAAUGAAGGGAGAGGCCGAGGCCGCCUACACCUUUGGGCUUGUCGGGAAGAUGAAGUAUUGA